AUGAAAAUCACCACCAUUCUCAGCGCUACGUGCUGGCUGUCAUUCGUAUCCGCUGCAUUUGAUUACAAUAGAGGAGGUGCGGUACUCAAGGCUCCUGACGGCGAUUCGUUCCAAACGGUUAUCGGUACCUUCAUCGUCCCAAACCUAUCUGGCUCGAACCGAUUAUCGAUAUGGAUUGGCAUCGGUGAUGGGCUGGAGCAGAACAAUAUUCUCAGUGGUGGAAUUGUCUACAACAACACUCUGAAGACUUUUGCUUCGUACUUUCCGGACCCAGCAACAGAUACAACUUCGGCUGUUCCAGUUGCAAACGGGGAUUCCAUUACUAUCAUGGUCAAUAUUACACUGACAGGUGGUGCGGUGACGAUUGAGAACAAGACACAAAACAAGACGACGACGCAGAAUGUCGCAGCACCGGCAGGCGUUGAAAUACCCUCCUUCACUGCCCUAGCAGCUGAUUGGUUCGUUCAAGGGUACCAAGUGAUUCCUGGUGAACUUGUAGCAACGCCAGACUUCGGCACGGUAUCUUUCACAGCCGUGAAGGCAACGACGAAGGGUGGAACAGAUGUGCCAGUCUCAAGAGCUGGCCGAUAUGAGAUCCAGGGGACUAGUGGACAGAUGUAUUCUCGAACGACGAUCUCCGACGCAGGUAUUUCGGUGCAGAGACAAAACGUUGGGAAGUAG